AUGCGCUCGUCGCUCAUUGCGUGUCUGGCGCUGGUGCCGUGGGCAGCAUGCACCCAACAGCCAUUGAACGACGCCAAGCAUCGCGCCACCCCGACCCUUGAAUCCUCUUCCUAUCGCGACCAAUUGCUCAGCCUACACAAACAACUCGUUUCCAUCCCCUCCAUCUCAGGAGACGAGAAUGCCGUCGGAAACUUCCUCGUCGACUACCUCACCGCCCGCGGAUACCAUGCCGAACUCCAACCUGUCGCCGCUAGACAAGGCACGCCCACCAGCAAACAACGCUUCAACGUCCUCGCGUGGAAGGGGGAACGAGCCCCCUCGGCCAGGAUAGUCGUAUCGUCACACAUCGACGUCGUCCCUCCGCACAUUCCAUACUCCAUCUCGCCCGGGGAAGUCACGUCCGAAACCAUGAUCAAGGGCCGGGGUUCCGUCGACGCCAAAGGCAGCGUGGCGGCCAUGAUUGUCGCGCUGGAACAGCUGCACGCUUCAAACGCAAUCGCCACACAGGACGACGUGAUGCUCCUAUUUGUGGUGGGCGAGGAAGUUGCUGGCGACGGAAUGGCCACCUUUAGCCACUCACUGUCCAAGAUGAAGAAGCCGCCAAAAUUCGACGCCGUCAUCUUUGGCGAGCCCACCGAGAACAGGCUUGCCUGCGGCCACAAGGGCGGUCUGUUCUGCAGCAUCACUGCCCGUGGUGUUCCCGGACACAGUGGGUAUCCGUGGCUGGGCAAGUCGGCGAAUGACUUGAUGGUUCGUGCUUUGGCCAAGAUUCUGGACGCCAACCUUGGCAGCUCGGAGCUUUUUGGAAACACAACCUUUAAUGCUGGCCGCUUCGAUGGCGGCGUCGCCGCCAAUGUCAUUCCCGAGAAGGCGGUGGUCCAGUUUGCGGCGAGGGUGGCCACUGGGCCCGAGGACAAGGGGCACGAGGUUGUGGCCGAGAGAAUUCAGAGGAUACUUCAUCAGGUUGAUGACGAGGCUUUUGAGAUGGACUGCACGCACGGCUAUGGCUCGGUCAAGUGCAAUUGUGAGGUUGACGGAUUCGAAAAGAUUACGGUCAAUUACGGCACGGAUAUUCCCAACCUGGCUGGUAAUCACACGAGGUACUUGUACGGUCCUGGCAACAUUCUCGUGGCUCACGGCGCCAGAGAGAACUUGACCGUUGCAGAUUUGGAAGAAGCUGUUGAGGGUUAUCAGAAACUCAUUGUCCAUGCACUGACGCAAUAG